AUGGGCUACAACGAUGCGGCCCUUAAGGACUAUUUUAAUGGCGGGCUGGAUGAUCCAGUGUCUCAGGAGGAGAUGGCGCAGUUACAGACACUGGAAUUCUGGAAAUUCGUGCGCUACCUGCAGAAUCCGCUUCGGUGGGAUGCCCCAGUCACUCCUGUCUCCUCCAGUGGGGUGGUCGUCAGCCCAGCACCACUGCCCAGGAUGGCUACCAGCCAAGCGCCACAGCACAAGAUGCACUAUGGGAACAAGUAUGCCCAUGCUGCCAAACUUACAAAUCCCUGCCUAGUGUGGAAGAGCACAGAUAAUGUGAGAGAAAGGGAGUCAGGAGUGCUGCAGAAUGCAGGAGUCCCUGCUGUUCUUGUUGGAAGUUUGCUGUCAGUUCAACAACACACCCGUCCAUUCUAUGGCACCAAAAAUGUGAACUUACUAAAUUCGAAUGCCACAAAUCCAGUAUGCUGGAUCACAGAGCCUCUCAUCCUGUAUGGUGUGAACCUUUCCUACUUCACCAUCAUAUUUGUUUUCAACACAGUAGUUCUAAUCACAGUGUCCAGACAGAUCUUUAAGCUAAAGAAACUGGACAACAAGCAUAAGAAAAUACCAGUGAAGGAUUUCAGCACAGUGCUGGGUCUCAUGUGUCUGAUGGGUACAUCAUGGGGUUUAGUUUUUUUUGGCUCUGGAUAUACCAGCUACCCAAUACUCUACAUAUUCUGCAUUUCAAACACAAUGCAAGGCUUUUCUAUCUUUCUGUGGCUGUGUCGGACAGUGAGCCCAGAAAAACAGAAAGCAGCUCAUACCAAGUCUGCAUCCACUCUGGACACCUUCACUAUUGAAAAACAAAAGGAAUCAAGAUGACCAGUCUCAUGAUGAGCUGAACAGAUUUAUGACUACAAACCAUUGUUCACAAUUAGGUUUUUUAAUUAUUUAUUUAAAAACAAUCUCUCUUUUCCCCCCAAGUCCAUAUGGUUCCUCUUUAUGUAAAAAGAAAAUAAAAAUUCAAUCUAAUUAUUCAUAGUAAGAAGACGUGUGAUGGGUAAUUUAU